AUGCUCAUUGUCAUUGCCAUAACCUAUAACACCACCUUGCAUACCUCCAUGCAUGUCCUUCUUCUGGUCCUAGCUGUCGUGGACAUCAUCUGCACAACAAGCAUAAUCCCACAGAUGAUGGGGGCCAUGCUAACCUCAGGAAAGACCAUUUCAUAUGGAGGCUGCAUGUCCCAGCUCUUCUUCUUCACGUGGUCCCUGGGGGCAGAGAUGGUUCUCUUCACCACCAUGGCCUAUGACAACUAUGUGGCCAUCUGUUUCCCUUUUCGCUACAGUGCUAUUGUGAACCACUGUACAUGUGUGGCCUUGCUCAACAUCGUCAUGGAUAUUGCAGUGACCAAUUCCUGGGUACACACAGGUCUCAUCUUGAGGAUGACCUUCUGUGGUCCAAACACCAUUGACCACCUUUUCUGUGAGAUACCCCCACUGCUGGCUUUGUCCUGCAGCCCCAUAAGUAUCAAAGAGGUGAUGAUGUAUGUUGCUGAUAUCACCUUGUCAGUAGGUGACUUCACGCUUACCUGCAUCUCCUAUGGUUUCAUCAUUGCUGCAAUUCUCUGCAUCCGUGCAGCAGAGGGCAAGAGGAAAGCUUUCUUCACGUGCUCAUCCCACCUCAUGGUGGUAUCCCUGUACUAUUUUCCUGUAAUCUACACCUAUAUCCGCCCCACCUCCAGCGACACUCUAGAAAGGGACAAGGUGGUUGCUGCACUCUACACUCUUGUGACACCCACAUUAAACCCAAUUGUGUAUAGUUUCCAAAACAAGGAGAUGUAG